CAUAACGUUCCAAAGAGUUUUAACUAAAUUUUGAAAAUAAAAUUGCAACAUGUUCACCUCGAAGUUAACAACAUAUUUACUAGUAGUAUCUAUUGCUGGAUUCUACGUCACAACAGAUGCACAAUGUGUCUGUGCUAAUUUAGACGGUGUCGAUGCAGCAGCAGGUAGUGGGGCUGCAGGUGGAGCUGGUGGUGCCGGAGCUGCUGGCGUUCCUGGAUGUUCAGGAUGCCCUGGUGGACGCGGUGGUGCUGGAGAUGGAUCAGGUGCUGGUGGCGUUGGAGGAGUCGGUGGAAUUGGUGGUGCUCCUACUGCUACUGAACCUGCUGGAAAUGGAGGUGAUGGAGGAGCUGGUGGUCCGUCCGGACUAUUAGCUGGAGCUGGAGGUAUAGGAGGUUUAGGUGGAGACGGAGGUGCAGGAAACGUAAAUAAUGUGAAUGGAGGAAAUGGUGGCAAAGGUGGCGCAGGAGGCUGUGGUCGAGGACAAACUGGUGGUGCUGCAGGACUUGGUGGAAAUGGUGGUGCUGGAGGUGCAUCAUCAGGCAAUGGUGGAGACGGAGGAGUGGGUGGAAAUGGUGGUUAUAAUGGAAAAGCUGGUGCAGGUGGUGGUGCUGGUGGAUUAGCCGGAGCCGGAGGUGUAGCAGGAUCUACAGGACAGAAUGGACAAAGUUGUGUACCUCCAGCCGGUUCAAAUGUUUGCCCGUGUAGUGGUGCUGAAAGCUCUUGCCCUAGUAACACAAUCAUCGGCAGUAUCUUAUGUGGAAUCACAAACCUCUUAGGAUAACUUUGAAAACAGCACAAAAAAUCAUAAAAUACUUUGAAAGUUUUAAUUCUUUAAAAAAAAU